CUUGCUCUCUUUACCUUUUUCAGCUAGAAGAACGGCGCGGCGGCCAAGAGGUCCAUGGUAGUAGCGCCGUUGAUGCGAUCUUGCAGCAAUACAAAUCUUCUCCAGGAGAUGCAGUUCGAGUUGUGCCAACCGGCAAAGGCAGAGAUGAUGCUGAGACCGCAGGUGACGGUGCAGGUGCGACAAGCGGUACCACGUUGACUCAGGAGACACGACGAAGUGUAGCAUUUGCGGACGAUACAAAAAGCGACGUUGAACACCAAGAAGAGCGCUCACAACCGGAAGGAGCUUCUGAAAAUCACAUUAAUGCUCCGGAAAAAGGCAGGGAAAACGGUGAUCCUGACAAGAAUAUGAGUGAAGAUGCGGACAACCCUGCAGACACCCCGCGGGGAGGCCAGCAGUCACCUCCGCAACCAUUGACUUCGGAUUUCAUGGGUGGUUUUGAUCUACCGUGUUGUGCAUUCGAUAGCAGUCUGCCCAGGAUGCUUGACCACUUUUCUCCUGACCGGGAUGACACGCUUAUACCAACACUUGCCGAUGGUCGGUCCGACGCUUUUCUGAGUGCACCGGUGCGCGUCGGUGGAGGCGAUGGUGGAGAAGAUGAGCCCGGCGAGUCUUCUGAUUCCGAAAGAAAUGCUGACUUAAUUGCCAACCUUUUGCGGGAUGCAGGUGAAGACAACUCGUCAUCGGAUGUUGCGCAGCAGGAUGCGGGAGAGAACGUUCAGGACGAUAGCGUAGAAGAGUACAACUUUAGCGAACAGGAUGAAGAUGACGAUGAUGCUAUCGCGUCAGCAGGGGAGUCAGUAUCAAUCCCGGAAGAUGAAGAUGUCAUCGAGAGCGGCGAAGCUGACUCUGGUGACGAGGGAGCCGAACUGAUUCCUCGGGACACGGGCGAUAAAGACAGCCCUGCACGCGAAGAUGGAACAGAUAACGGCGUUGCUUUUGACUCUGAAAAACAAGAGCCAGCACAUCAAUACGAAGAGCAGGGUGCCUUUGCUUCGCCGCCUGCAGACUGUCUUAGCAGUUUGGGUUUGCUGCGUGAGCAUGACUCUUCAAGAAACCGACAUGCAUAUUCAGAUAGCGGCGACGUGAAGACUAUUUUGAACAAGAGUGCAUCAGCAGCUUCGGCGCUAACCGUAGACGUUCAUGGGCAGCUCCUUGAGAAAUCUUCCACGACAUCGUCGCUUGCGGAAACUGCAGACCAACAGGCGCUAAAUCUACCACAGAGACAUCAAGAGAGCGAGAAGUUAGAGAAACGGGCGGAGGCGACUCAGGACGAAAGAAGCAGUGAAGUCGACGUCGAGGACAACGCCGAUAUGUUACGAGGUGAGGACAGUCCUUUUCUUCUGCCAUCAUCAGAUGAUGCAGACCUUAGAUUCGAUGAUGAGGACGCUGAAAGCCGACAGGGUCAUCAAGAAAGUCAAGAGGAGGACGAGCAUGACGCCUUCGGACUGGACGCGUUCCUUCGUGGGGCAGGUCGAGGCAGUCAUCAAGAUAAACUCUCAAUCGGAGGCGACGAGGACGAUGAAAUGGGCUUAGAUGCUUUUCUCAAUCUUGGUGGAGGUGAGGGACAACACAUGGCAGAACUGCUUUCGAUGGCAUCAUCAGAUGCGGGUGAUAAGGAGUCUGAUGAGCCGGUGUCAUUAGAUGAAGGAUCCCAUUGCUCGCAAGCUCCAUUCGAAGCGGUGCAAGAUGAGAAUUCAUCUCACAUAAGGGAGGAGCCUGAUCAGCACCAGCUUCAGCAUGGGGUAGACCCAUUUGGAUUUGAAUCGCUAGCACUUCGACCCAUUUGCGUUUGCUCCGAUUCUGGCGAAGAGUCUGAUGGUUUGCUUGAGCGGUUCAACAGGUCGACGGCUCUGCGUUUACCUCAGUCCAUUGCUGGUGCUUCAAAGAUGUUCGCCGAAGGUGAGCACAUGCGCGAACCGACUUUGAUGCCUGCCGACGGCUUCUCAGACUCCAAUCCACAGCUUCUUGCUACGUGGGCUACAUCACAGGAAGGAUCACACCCGCAUGGGUACGUCGGCCGACCUCUUGGCGUUUGGCGUGUUGCAGUGAACAACCUCGUGAAAGGCUGCGAGACGACAUUGCCUUCCGGUGAGUGGCAGAUUGUCAGGCCAGGCGGUAGUCGAAAUUUCGAGACUCUCAGCCGGAAACCAACGGUUCGAAUUGUCGUGCAUUUGGAGGAGACUGCCUCUGUAGCGAACGCUUCGGGAAAAUCUCAGUUUUCUGCGACAGUCCGCGAAGUAGAUUAUCUCCUAGACGAAGCGGUUGACGAGGGAGCCCGCCCUCGACCAGGACCAUCAGGGGCUGCAAGGAAUAAGGCGGGUUUUAUUGGCGAGGUUAAACAACUGAAGUCCACGAAGAAGAUUGCUUUCUUGCCGCGUCUUGCGGAAGGAGCCAGACCGAAGGAAAUCGAGCGCGCAAACCAGUACCUACGACGCUUGAUAGCGGGACAGAAUGCUGAAAUCGAAUUUCUUGAGACCAGACUUCAAAAUUUAGAAAACACCGUCGGUCGAAUACCCGGUAAAAAGCAACGUGAUAAUCGGGCGUCCACAGUUCAUAGUGGAUAUUUGAGAAGUCCGAUCUCUAGUCGUCUUACCGUGUCACACACCGACAAAGAAGGUGCAGUCUUCUUCGAUGGACAACAUGCGAACCAGCAACUGUCCAAAAUUCUUUCAAAAGAUAGCAAUAGCUACCCUCUGCCGACGCCGAAUUCUGAUUGUCCUACCACCGGAGCAGAAGACUCUUGCUGGACCUCUUGGCCUCCGGCGUCAAAAGAGAGUACACUACGUGGAGGAUCUACUUCUGGUGAAUCUCUCUACCACGACCGAGAGCAGAAAAAUCAAGAUGAACACGACCAUGCUAGACCUGGUGCCUAUAAUGCCGGCGAGAACGAACACGGGGAAGAAGAACAUAACCAAGAUCAAGAACGAACGCCAAAUGCACCUAAACAACUUUACAUCACCAAGCAGCUUCUCUAUGUGCGCAAAUGGCCAUCGAUUCGUGCCGACCUCCGCGGACAACUCAUGUCAGGUCGGACAGUCGAGGUCCUCGGCUUCUUCGCUGCCGACUGGGCCUUGAUUCGAACUCUGAGGUCGCUGGGUGGAAGACACACAGGUAGCAGAUCAGCGUCCUCUUCGGGGGAGAGUUUUAAAGGGCUGACUGGUUUCGUACAGUUUGUCACGGCUCCCACUUCUUCAUCAAGCGCAGUCGUCUCAUCGACACCGAAUGCUCCGACACUCGUCCCUGUCAGCGCCAGUUUCGGGCUCGGCCAGCAUGUAGCACGAAUUUUUGGCGAGACUGCUACUCUUGGAGGGGUAGGGGUCGGUACUGGUACCGAAGCCAAUAUUUCCUCGCGUCCAAGAACUAGUGCUACUACAACUACAUCAUCCAGGCCUCGCUCUGCUUCCAAGAUAGAGACUGGUGCUGCAGCAGCAGUUACUUCGUCCUUGAGUGGUACAACCAAAAUGACGCCACGACAGCACAGCUUGCUGCCGCAAGAUAUUUUCCAUGCCCUUGACAAAGAUCAGGACAAGGUUGUGUCGAAGAAGGAAUUCUUCAUGGGAAUGCGGAAAUUGGGGAUCGAUGCAGAUCGGCUGUUAGCGCUAUGGAGGUCGGCAGAUCCCAAACAAAAAGGCUUCCUCACAUACGACCGCUUUGUUGCGCUGCUGCAAGAUGAAGAUUGUUUUCGAGCCGAUGGCCUGAUGACGUGAUCAUGAAUUAGAAGACACUUCAAUUCCUUUGAGUCAUGCUGGCAAGUUGUGUCUGAUCAUAAACCUCGCAAUUCCAAUUUGUAGUCGAGACUGGUAAACAGACACAUAAGUACUUACACAGAGUCCACGAGAAUUAUAUUACAAGAUACUCAUCCAAACGAGAAACACUAAGACUCACUCAUGCCGUUUGUUCAUGUUCUCAAGAUGUUGUAAUUUUGUGGCAAACUUACUACGAAAACGUGAACGAUCAAGAUCUAGAUCAUCCCCCACGACAAUUAAGUAGAACAGCUCGAUCAAGUAGAUCACAUUCGC